AUGACACGAUUGUUUACCUUACUUUUGUUUGCACAAUUACUCGCAGGGCUGUUUAUGGCUGCACAAUUUUACUUCUUAACUUUACAAGAUGGUGUCAGGGAUUUUCAAGACAAGCGCCUUAAAAGCGCAGCAAAUCCUUCAGAUGCAAUCAGUCGAACAGGAGAAAAUUUGCGUUUCAAGGAAGGACAAUUGUAUAACGAGGUGCGCAAAUCCCAUGUGCAGACUUCACGACGUUUAUACUUGACUUAUCAACCUCCGGAUGGCGGUUGGAAUAAUCACCGUAUUGCCCUUGAAAAUGCAAUCAUCUUAGCCAAGUUACUCAAUAGGACGUUAAUUGUCCAUCCGGUCGCUUCGCAUGACAUGGCCAUUUCUUUGAGAAAAAAACGUCUUGCGCAGUGGAAAAACCUGGAAAAACGUUCGGGAAUCAACUGGGUGUAUAACCACAUGAGUGACAGAGAUCUAGUGCCCAUUUCACGGGUACUUGACCUUGGGCGCAUUCGAAGUAUUGUAGAGGUUUUUGAAGUUAGGACAAACCAUCUAACGUUCCGAGAUGAAUUUUCGCAUUUGAAAUGGCAUUACGUUUGUCAUUCCGAUGCACUGGGUUUUUGGGUUGAUUCGAUUCCUGCGGGAAACGAGAGUGUAACCCGAGGGAUCGCCUUUGUCCCAAAUAACAGUUCGAGGAGCGUUAGGGCGUGUCCUGUGGAAACAGUUCUACUUAAGCACGCUAACAAGCCUGUAAUUCGGAGAAUUUUAGAAGAACUUCAAAAUGUGCAGGCCGAUGUCAUCUACUUGUCCCAAGAUACAAGCUACAAAGCUAACGUUCAAUUUUUCCACAUGAAAGACGCGCUUAAAGCUCAACAGUGGAUAUUAAGUAGCAUGUGGCUUUCACCUCAUGUCUACAAUAGAGCGUUUCAAAUCUUAGCAAUCCUACCCAAGCCGUUUAACGCAAUACAUGUUAGACGAACAGAUCACAGAGUUAGCUCAAGCGAGGCGCCUUCUUACUGGCUUCAUAACAUGGCGAGGCAAAAUUUCCUGAACGUGUCAACAGCUCUUUACGUAGCUACAGACGAGAGAGAUAAGAACUGGUUUACGCCGUUUUCCAAAGCAGGAUAUCAACUGUAUUUCUCAGACGAGUUUUUUGAGUCUUCAGGGCGUUCGUACGAUAUGGACAUCCGGGGACUUUAUGAUCAACUUGUCUGCGUACACGCGAAGUUGUUCGUGGGCUCAAAAAGCUCGAGUUUUAGUGGCUUUAUUUACCGAUCAAGGAAAGAAGUAAUGAUUAAAGACGGUUUAAUUCUGAGCCACAUGCCAAUCGGCUGGUUAGGACACAGACUGAAAAGUAGUUGA